UUCCAGAAGAAGUGAUGUGUGUUCACUGUGUGUCAGUGUGUACACGGGGCAGGAGUUCUAGGCGCAUGCUGCAAGACGCACAUUCUUCGUAAAAACCUGGUCCAGUAAUAGUCCUCUGGAGAUGGAGCCGUAGACUGCGUCUCGUCUUGAAGUGCAUUUUGUGACACAAACUUGGGGAGAUUAAUUUUCAAAAGUGUUUGUGUCAAGAGGACAUAGGCUAAAGGGUUGCUUGACAGCUGAUAAGAACUUCUGGCAGAAUGCGGGACCUGGCGAGCAUCGUUGUGUUUGUGCUGUUGAUGUUUCAGCAUGUGAAGGCGGAGAGCAAGAUCUUCGGCGAGACGGAGCCGGUGCGCAUGACGUCGGAGGGCUCGGACUGCCGCUGCAAGUGCAUCAUGCGGCCGCUGACGCGGGACGCGUGCGCCCGGCUGCGGAGCGGGCAGGUGCGGGUGGAGGACUUCUACACGGUGGAGACGGUCAGCCAGGGCUCCGACUGCAAGUGCUCCUGCACCGCGCCGCCCUCCUCCCUCAACCCCUGCGAGAACGAGUGGAAGAUGGAGAAGCUCAAGAAGCAGGCGCCCGAACUACUCAAGCUGCACACGAUGGUGGACCUACUGGAGGGAACGCUGUUCAGCAUGGACCUGCUGAAGGUUCACGCCUACAUGCGCAAAGUCGUCUCCCAGAUGAACAACCUGGAAGAGACCAUCAAGGUGAACCUGACGCGGGAGAACGACUUUGUGAGGGACAGCCUCAGUUCCCUCACCAACCAGAUGAAGCGCUACGACAACUACACGGACAUCAUGGUCGGCAUCAAGAAGGAGAUCAACAAGCUGGGGCUGCAGCUGCUGCAGAAGGACUCGGGGGCGCCGCCCAACGGCAAAGUGCAGGACACGGCGGGAGACAAGGCCAAAGAAGCAGCCAAGUACCCCCCGGCCAAGAAGGCAGACAAGCCCAAACCCCCUCCCAAGGCAGCCAAGGAGAAGCUGGUGAAGCCCAAGAAGGAGGUGGCCGCCAAGCCAGACCCUGCGGGUCAGGGGCCAAAGGUCAAGGCCGCCGGGCACCAGCCGGGGGUCAUCAGGGGCAUCACGUACUACAAGGCCACCAACGCCGAGACGGGCGGCAGAGACGGUGGCGGCGGCAGCAGCAGCACCAACAGUAGAGGUAAGAAAGAAUCUCCUCUGAGGAAAUCUUCGGAAAUCCUGAAGAUACCAAAUGUUCCCCAAACAAAUCUUGUGAGUACUUUUGGACAUGAGAACACACCCAAGACUCACGGCCACAGCUCCAGCUCUGACAGCAGAGAUGCUCAUCGCGACGAGGACAAGCCCGAGGACGCCGACACCCUCCAUGAGGUCGAGCCGACCGAAAGCCCCGCCGAUGGCGACCCGGGUGCCUCGGAAAACGAAAAGGGUGACACAGUCGCCCUGAGAAUCGUCACUCCCUCAACCACCACUGCCCCUGUCACCACGACUACCACCACCACAUCAGCUCCGGUCACCACCACUACCACCACCACCACCACUACCAGGAAGGCCACCCACCGGGGGGCGGUGACCAGGCUGGCCCAGCCGGCCCCCACCUACAUGCUGGUGAUAGACAACUUGGAUAACAGCAGCCGCCAUUCAGCAGACAAAGCCGGGAAGGAGGUGGAGUGCGAAGGAACCAUCGCCUCAGUGGAGAUGCCCGUGAAGCACAAUAGUUACGGGAGGAACGAGGGAGCCUGGAUGAAGGACCCACUGGCCAAAGACUCCAAGAUCUACGUUACAAACUAUUACUAUGGCAACAACCUGGUGGAGUUCCGCAACCUGGAGAACUUCAAACAAGGGCGGUGGAGCAACCUCUACAAGCUGCCGUACAACUGGAUAGGCACGGGCCACGUGGUCUACAACGGCGCCUUCUACUACAACCGGGCCUUCACCAAGAACAUCAUCAAGUACGACCUGCGCAUGCGCUACGUGGCGGCCUGGACCAUGCUGCACGACGUGGUCUACGAGGACACCACGCCCUGGAAGUGGCGCGGACACUCCGACAUCGACUUCGCGGUGGACGAGAGCGGCCUGUGGGUCAUCUACCCGGCGGUGGACUACGACUACGGUGGCCAGGAGGUGAUCGUGGUCAGCAAGCUGGACCCCGUGGACUUGACCAUCAAGAAGGAGACCACCUGGAAGACGGGCCUGAGGCGCAAGUCCUACGGCAACUGCUUCCUGGCGUGCGGCGUCUUGUACGCGGUGGACGUGUACAACCAGCGGGAGGGGGAGCUGUCGUACGCCUACGACACGCUCACGGGAACGCAGCGGGCGCCGCGAUUGCCGUUCAUCAACGAGUACUCCUUCACCACGCAGAUUGACUAUAACCCCAAGGAGAAGGUGCUGUACGCGUGGGACAAUGGACACCAGGUCACAUACAAUAUCAACUUUGUGGAGCAAACGAAGUCUUAAAAUAACAAAAAGACAGUUAACUGAUCAAAACAACGUAGGCCUAUCGUUUGAACAACUCCCCCUUUUGAAAUUCCAUCCAACUGAACAAGCACUUUUUUUUAACUUUUAUGCUAUACGAUUUAAUUUUGUAGUUGUUGUAAUGCGCUGUUAUAUUUUUGUUUUGUUACUUUCGUGUUGCUCUUACUGCUGUUAAUGAUGAACUGUCGUGUUUAAAGACAACUGCAAUAGAAACCAUUAUGUUAUGUGGCUGUAGACAGCUCCCCACUUACAGGAAAUAUGAUAGGCAUACUUCAGCCAAUCUCAGUAAAACUUCAAAAAACACUUAUUACAUGUAUAUUGACAUUAAAUUAGUUAUUGCUUAAUCCAAAGUGACUUAAGACAGCAAUUUAGAUACAGGGUUCUGUUCACAGCCCCUGGAGCAAUGUGGGUUUUAGUGCCUUACUUAAAAAGGUACUUCAGUCAUGGAUGGUAUGGAACUUGAACCGUUAACCUUACGACUCCAAGACAGACUCUCUAAGCAUCAGGGCAUGGCUGCCCUUGAAAACACUCGCUGACAAUCUGUUCAUCAGCUAAUGACAAAGGGACACUUUCUGAAACCGGCUAAGUACGGUUACGUUGGGACCGACAUCAUUUUUUUGGGCAAUUGUUUUACAAAUCCAGGGACAUUCAAGGUUAUUAUGCAUACAGUUAGAUGUACACACUGCAUUUGAUAAGUUAUAUAUUAUUCAGUCGGAGUCUGUCGGACUGCAAUCAUUGAUUAGACCAUACAGUUGUGCUCAUAUGUUUACAUACCCCAGCAGAAUAAACGCUUUCUUCGCG